GGCUCGUGCUCUCUUCCCAGCGGACGGACGGAGCGACUGGAUUAACUCACUCUCUCACUCACUCUCUCACUGACCGGCUCUCCGCCCGGUGUUUCAUUCGGUUAGGAGCGUGAAACGGGACAUCAGCGGAACCUGGAGUGAGUGUGAGUGUGUGUGUGAGUGUGUGAGUGUGUGUGUGUGUGUGUGUGUGUGUGUUUGUGUGUGUGUGUGUGUGUGAGGACCGGUGUGGAGGUGUAGUUGUGUGGCCGCGCGCACCGGGAGGAGAGCUGUCACCUCCAUCCAGCUGCGGAGGACCGUCCCGGCCCCGCAGCCUCGCAUCCUGACCGUCCCCGCUUCCAUUUGUGUCCACAAUGAGUUGGAGGGGGUUUGACUGCUUGGUUCCCUGCUGACACCUUCGAUCCCCAGAUAUCCGCCGACCCCCCCCCCCCCCCCCCCCCCCCCCUCCUUCUUCCUGACGGCUUUUGUGCGCCCUCGUCCCGCGGACGCCGUCUCGCUGUCCGAGCUGUCACCAUGGCCAGUCUGGUUAUAAACGAGACCGGAAUGGAGAACUGUGGGAUCGACGACUCCUUCAAGUACAACCUGUACUCGGUGGUCUACAGCGUGGUCUUCGUCUUGGGCCUGAUCACCAACUGCGCGGCCCUCUUCGUCUUCUGCUUCCGGAUGAAGAUGCGGAACGAGACCACCAUGUUUAUGACUAACUUAGCGUUAUCGGACUUGGUGUUCGUCUUCACGCUGCCCUUCAAGGUCUUCUACAACGUCAACCGCCACUGGCCCUUUGGAGACGGCCUGUGCAAGGUGUCGGGAACGGCCUUCAUCACCAACAUCUACGGCAGCAUGCUCUUCCUCACCUGCAUCAGCGUGGACCGCUUCCUGGCCAUAGUCUACCCCUUCCGCUCGCGCUCCAUCCGCACGCGCAGGAACGCGGCGCUGGUGUGCGCCGCCGUGUGGCUGACCAUCGUGGGCGGAGGGAUCUCCGUGACCUUCUUCUCCACCAUCAACAGCAGGCACAGAGCCACCACCUGCUUCGAGGGCUUCUCCAAGAGCACCUGGAGGACCUACUUGUCCAAGAUCACCAUCUUCAUCGAGAUUGUGGGCUUCCUCUUCCCCCUCCUUGCCAACUUGGUGUGUUCCUCGCUGGUGCUGCGGACGCUCCGCCGCCCGGUGACCGUCGGUCACGGCUGCGACAGCAAGAAACGGGUCCUGCGGAUGAUCCUGGUUCAUUUGGGGAUCUUCAUCAUCUGCUUUGUCCCCUAUAACUCCAUCCUCUUCGUGUACGCGCUGGUGCGAACCCAGGCCCUGGCGAACUGUGCGGUGGAGCGCUUUGCCCGGAUGCUUUACCCCGUCACCCUGUGCCUGGCCACCCUGAACUGCUGCCUGGAUCCGGUGGUCUACUACUUCACGUCCGAGAGCUUCCAGAAGAGCCUGACCCUGGGGGCCAAAGGGUCUGGGUCCCGGCCCGAGAGCAUUCCCCGCAGCGACACGGAGACUCAGGACACGGCAAACACUCUCCCCAGAGACACACACGCCGCAGCCAGCAACGGCAAAGACACGACGAUAUCAGAGAGCCGAUUCUGACUCGGUGGGCAAGAAAAGACUUAAAGAAGGACGAGGCGGGUGCAGCAGGAAUCCUGAACUUGAAAAAUAAAGCAAUCAGCUGUUUUUGCCCUGGAAGUGGCAAACACAUAGCUCACCAGAUUAGUUAAGUCCUGAGGUAAGUCCCGGGGUAUGGCCUGGGCUUUGUGGAUUAAUCCAGCAGCGGAGAACAAGAGGAAUGUAUCUGUGUUUGUUGUAAGAGAAGACGACGGGGACCAGAGACUCCGCCACACACGGACAUGUGUAACAGUCCAGAGACACGCCGAGCCCCUCAGAGAGGCUCCAACACACCGUCACUCAGGCUUAACACACACACACACACACACACACACAGAUUUCCAUCAACACUGUUAAAAAUAUUGCUGUUAAGUCCUUUUGUAAGAAGAAUUUCUUAAGUUCUGUUGUUCACAGUGCAUUAUAUCAUGUUAGAUGUUAUUAUUAUUAUGAUACCGUCCAUUGUGCUGAAACCUAUUGUUACUCCUGUUUAACAGAGCAACAAGUUGAUCUUUUGAAUUAAAUUUGUCCCCAGUUGAAUUCUGAGGCCACUAAAUGUCUGAUUUGAAUU